UUUAAAUGCUCGCGCUGCGCUUUAAAUAGCAGGUGUGAGAAACUGUGUCCUGCAACAUACACCACCAUCAUCAUCCUCAUCAUCGCCACCAUCACCGACGCAAUGUCCACCGCCAGCGCCGAGACGAGCGCACAGCUUCCCCCGGCCGCGGCCAGGGUGUUCUUCCAGCCCGGCGUGCCUGGAGUGGGUUGCGCCGGUUCCGGACCGAUGCAACGCGAUGACCCGGUGCAGAAAAAGCAGGGCAAAGUGACGGUGAAGUACGACAGAAAGGAGCUGAGGAAGAGACUCAUCCUGGAGGAAUGGAUCAUUGAACAGCUGAGCGAACUUUACGACUGUGAGGAAGAGGAAAUGCCAGAGGUGGAGAUUGACAUUGACGAUCUCCUAGAGGUGAACAGUGAAGAUGAGAGAGCUGUAAAACUACAGGAAUCACUGACAGACUGCUUUAAGCCCACUGAUGUCUUUGUGCGUGAGCUCCUCGGCAGGAUAAGAGGAAUGAGAAAACUCAGCGCUCCGCAAAAGAAAAGCUUUUAAGUGCUCAAAUGCCAACGACAAUCCGGCUACCUGGACUACAGGUCCCACAAUCCAUCACUCAGUCUAGAGUCAACAUAAAGCCCUCAAGGACUCCGUAUCCCAGGAUUCCUUCUGGCCCAGAAUCAAUAUACCAGAGUUCAUUUUCCAAGGACCCAUAUCCCAAAAAAAGCAACUUUGUUUAGACCACCUUCAUUUCACAUACAUCACACAAUCAAUCCAAGAGUGCAACGUUCAUCCGGGACGCAAUCUCAAAACAAUCUCAGCAGCCGGUCGGGACAACCUGCCGUCAAUCUCUCAAACGGUCUCACAGGCCUAAUAUUACACUUUUUGGUGCAGUAUUACAGCUGUGUGUGUGAAACCACAACUGACUACGCUAUUUCAUAUAGCCUAUCAAUUAUAUUUUAUAUUGUUUUUAUUUUAAGCAAGUUGUUUAAGUCACAACCAUUUUUUUUCUUUCUUAAUUAACAGUUUUUAACACCAGUUGGCCUUAUGCUGAUCUCAGAAUUUUUUUUUUGGUUUUGUCCAAUCGCUAUAUAUCCAAUAUUCACCAAUAUCUGGUCAGUUAAAUUGACUUUCAUAAUUUUACAGUCUAAACAUUCUUAAGUCAUUUUGCUUCUCAAGUAAAUUAUCUUGAUUUAAGAUAUUAAGUCUUGUAUUCUGAUCAAAAUCAUGUGAGUUUAUACUUAAAACAAGAAAAAAAAUCAUAAUUCAAAGGGAAAACAAGAUUUUUUUGUGACCCCAUUCACUCUAAACAAUGCUUGGUUCUUUUAACCCAAAUCAAAUGUGGGGUAAAAAUGUAAUUUCAAAUUAUAACCCAACUUCAACUUUCAACUGUAAAUGUUUGAAUUGAAUUUUUAA